GCGAGGUUCCGCCACAGGUUGAGGCAAUGGACGGAUGAUUCCUGAUUACUGACCCCUGCCCCAAUUACCUUUGAGCCAUGUACUUAAUCACGCCAUCGACCCUGGGAAUGUUUGCAUCUGCGCACUCUCUCAUUGCUCUACUUUCAAUUAAGCUUCAGAGGAACAUUAAGCAGCAGCUUUAAUUCAACCUCGAUCAACCUGUCAGAUCGAUGACCAUGAACGGACACCCUUCUCCCCGCCGCCUCCUCCUGGUCAGUGUUCCACGCACUGCAUCCAAUCUGCUUUUGAAGAUCCUCAACAUUCCUGAUCAACCCCAUACCGUGACCACCGACCGAGGCGGGUACUUCUUCUAUGACGCCUUCGUCAAAGCCGUUAAGGACGGUCGUCUCACUCAAUGCCCUUCAGACUGGACCGACGAUGCCAAAACUGACGUCCAGUCAGCUUUCCAAGAAUGCUUCGACCAUCUAGAGGAGUCCUGCAACCUUGCUGAGGGCGAAGGCAAUACCAUGUUUGCCAAAGAGCAUGCCUUCUGGUUCUUCAACCCCAUGGCUUCCACGCAAGCCAUCUACGGGGAUGACAAAGGCCCCUACGACUUUUCCUCCUUCCGUGUCCAAGUCCCCGAUGCAUACGGUUCUACACGGACAUUCUCCCCCAACAAUCAAACCGUGUUCCCGGAUGAGUACCUACGCACUUGGACAAUGCUGUUCAUUAUCCGCCACCCCGCCAUCGUCUUUCCGUCCUUCUGCCGAGCCAUGACCAAAGUCUCCAAGAUCGGGGUCACGAACGAUGCGAUAGACCUAGGGACACUAGCUACGAAUAUGACCCUGCGGUGGACACGUAUACUCUUUGACUGGUGCGUAGAACAAACCGGGUCUGCUCCACUCCUGUUGGAUGCACAUGAUGUCAUUCAUAACCCGGGUGCCGUUGCAAAGUUCUGUCGCCUAGCCGGUCUUGACCCAAACAAGCUGAAGUUCGAGUGGGAGAAGACAGCACAAGCGGACUCCGGGAGUGAUGACAGCGCAGCGCAGAACAGUGUUCCCCAACAGCGGGACAAUUGGGAUGCAGCAAAGUCGAUCAUGCUCUCUACGUUGCAGGGAUCAUCAGGUGUGAUGAAGGAUAAGCAGCCAGGAGUUAUUGAUAUUGCGACGGAGUCAAAGAAAUGGAGGGCGGAGUUUGGGGAGGAAAUGGCGAUGAUAGUGGAGAAGGCGGUUAAUGAUGCGAUGCCGGAUUAUGAGUACUUGAAGGCGAACCGUGUUACUGUGUAGAGCAUGAACAGAAUACCUGUGUUCGUACUAGGCAGAUAG